UCCCACCUAUGGCGAUGGCGUCGCGCUGCGCGCUCGACAGGAUCAAAUGUGGGAGGGAUUUGUCCUGCACUGCCACCGAUUCGCAUGCGGCGCCCAUGGCUCUGGCGUCUGCGGCGCUCAAUGCGCUCUUCUCGUACAAGCCCUUCUUCAAGCUCGCGGCGGGCAAGGCGCGGGGGAUGAUUGUCGAGCGGGGCGAGAAGAUUGGCUACCCGUGGGAGCCGGAGCUCGCCAGGCUCAGGGAGAAUGACUGGGAAUCGGAGCUCCUGGCCGUCCGGGACGUGAAUUUAGAGUACCCAGAGUAUUAUUUGAAGCCUUUUCACGCGUACGAUAAUGGGAACUUGUCAUGGGACGCUGCCUUGGAGGUUGAUCUCGCGGCCAAAUCCGUCCAUGCCAAUGUCUUCGAUCCAGAGAGGAAAAAGCUCGAUCCUGACGGGGAUGUAAAGCUGCGUGAUUCUUAUCACCAAAAGAUGCUACCAAUGCUGCGUGUUUCACCGGGAGACGUGCUGGAUGUUGGCUGUGCGACUGGGCUCAGUACGUUUGGACUCCACAAGGUGUUUCCUCAAGCACAAGUCGUGGGAGUUGACAUGUCACCGUAUUUUGUGUCCGUGGCAAACUACAAGCUCAGGGAAGCUUCAAAAGCCUCGGAUCGAAAGCUUCCUUUGCAGUUCGUUCAUUCUGCGGGAGAAUUCACGGGUCUUCCUGACAAAAGCUUCGAUCUUGUCUCGAUUUGCCUAGUCUGCCACGAACUUCCAAGGAACGCAACUAAACAGGUCGUCGAAGAAGCAAACAGAGUCUUGCGGAUCGGAGGAGCAUUGUCGAUAAUGGAAAUGAAUCCAUACUCGGCAUCGCUUCAAAGAAUGGUGAAUAACAUAUUUGCUUUCACUGCGUUUAAAGCAACCGAGCCUUACUUCGAUGACUAUCGAACGUUUAAGAUCGAAGAAGCCAUUCAAGACUGCGGCUUUAGCUUCCCGGCUCAAGUGGAAAGCUCCCCGAAUCACAGAACUAUGGUUGCGCACAAGGUUUGAAUCCAUUCUCGGUCAGCCAAAAGAUUGGCACGAGAAAAAAAACUUGCCUUUAAAACUAAAACCAGUUAGACAACUCUCAAAACCAUUCUUAUUUCCGGAA